GCGAGGUCCCAGGGCUUGUGUCCCACCCCCCAGCUGGUGGAGACCGAGGCCAUUUCCCUGAUCCUUAGCCAGUUGGCCUGCCCUUGCCUCUGCCCCGGCGGCCUCCGUUUCCAUGUUCAUAUUAGCCGCGGUCCCUGGGGUGAGGGAGCGCGGGCUGCUGGGGCAUGGCGUCUUACUGACUUCCUAUCAGGGUCCCCACUGUUUCCACACCUGGGGCUGCCACAAUCCCCCAGUCCUAGAGUGUCUUCCUGCACAAGAGGGCACAGGAUGCUGGAGCUGUGAGAAGCAGCAAUGAAGGAAGGAGGUGCCCAGAUUCUGAGGCAGUGGAAACCAAGGCCUCCAGUGUUAAUUGUGGCUAAUUUUCCCUUGGCUGUUGUGGGAAGAAGGAUUGUGUGUCCUAGAGCAAGGGGCUGGGCCAGGCCCAGACUUUCCCCUCCUGCACAGCUGCCUCUGCCUGAGCAAGACAGGUCUGGCGGGUUAAUCUAGUGCUUGCUGGGGGAGGGAGGCCAAACAGGGCCUCAUGUCUGUGUGGCAUUGGUGUCUUCCUCCUCGCGGAGUUACUUUCUGUCCCCUAAGCCUCCACAGUCCGACAGGGGUCAUGGAGAAUGGGGAGAGGGGACAUCUGGGAAGAACCAGCCCCGUUCUCUCUGACAGAGACAUCUGGAGAGAAAGCCAGGGACCUGGCCCUGCUGAAAGCAGAUAAGGAUGACAUUCGGCUGCUGCCUUCAGCACUGGGUGUGAAGAAGAGAAAAAGAGGACCCAAGAAGCAGAAGGAGAACAAGCCAGGAAAAGCCCGAAAACGCAAGAAGCUUGACAGCGAGGAGGAAUUUGGCUCUGAGCGAGAUGAGUACCGGGAGAAGUCAGAGAGUGGAGGCAGUGAAUAUGGAACUGGACCAGGUCGGAAACGGAGACGGAAGCACAGAGAAAAAAAGGAGAAGAAGACGAAGCGGCGGAAAAAAGGGGAGGGAGAUGGGGGGCAAAAGCAGGUGGAACAGAAGUCGUCGGCAACUCUGCUUCUGACUUGGGGCCUGGAGGACGUGGAACAUGUGUUCUCUGAGGAGGAUUACCACACACUCACCAACUACAAAGCCUUUAGCCAGUUCAUGAGGCCCCUGAUUGCUAAGAAGAAUCCUAAGAUCCCAAUGUCUAAGAUGAUGACCAUCCUUGGGGCCAAGUGGAGAGAGUUCAGCGCCAACAACCCCUUCAAGGGGUCGGCAGCUGCUGUGGCGGCAGCGGCGGCAGCGGCGGCCGCAGCUGUAGCUGAGCAGGUGUCAGCCGCAGUCUCAUCGGCCACCCCCAUAGCACCUUCCGGACCCCCCGCCCUUCCACCCCCCCCUGCUGCUGAUACCCAGCCCCCGCCCAUCCGAAGAGCCAAAACCAAAGAGGGCAAAGGUCCAGGCCACAAGAGGCGGAGUAAGAGUCCCCGAGUGCCUGAUGGACGCAAGAAGCUUCGGGGAAAGAAGAUGGCACCACUCAAAAUCAAACUAGGGCUGCUGGGUGGCAAGAGGAAGAAGGGAGGCUCGUAUGUUUUCCAGAGUGACGAGGGCCCUGAACCAGAGGCUGAGGAGUCAGACCUGGACAGUGGCAGUGUCCACAGUGCCUCAGGCCGCCCUGAUGGCCCUGUCCGCACCAAGAAACUAAAGAGAGGCCGGCCAGGAAGGAAGAAGAAGAAGGUCCUGGGCUGUCCUGCAGUGGCCGGGGAGGAGGAGGUUGAUGGCUACGAGACGGAUCACCAGGAUUACUGUGAGGUGUGCCAGCAGGGUGGGGAAAUUAUUCUGUGUGACACCUGCCCUCGUGCCUACCACCUCGUCUGCCUCGAUCCUGAGCUUGACCGGGCUCCUGAGGGCAAAUGGAGCUGCCCCCACUGUGAGAAGGAGGGGGUACAGUGGGAGGCCAAGGAGGAGGAGGAAGACUAUGAAGAGGAGGGGGAAGAGGAGGGGGAGAAGGAGGAAGAGGACGACCACAUGGAGUACUGCCGUGUGUGCAAGGAUGGCGGGGAGCUCCUGUGCUGUGACGCCUGCAUCUCCUCCUACCACAUUCACUGCCUGAACCCCCCACUGCCUGACAUCCCCAAUGGCGAGUGGCUGUGUCCCCGAUGCACAUGUCCCGUGCUGAAAGGCCGUGUGCAGAAGAUCCUACACUGGCGGUGGGGGGAGCCCCCUGUGGCAGUGCCAGCCCCCCAACAGGCAGACGGGAAUCCAGAUGCCCCACCCGCACGUCCUCUUCAAGGCAGAUCGGAGAGAGAGUUCUUUGUCAAGUGGGUAGGACUGUCCUACUGGCACUGCUCCUGGGCCAAGGAGCUUCAGCUGGAAAUUUUCCACUUGGUAAUGUACCGAAACUAUCAACGGAAGAAUGACAUGGACGAGCCCCCACCCCUCGACUACGGCUCUGGUGAGGAUGAUGGGAAGAGUGACAAACGCAAGGUGAAGGACCCGCACUAUGCCGAGAUGGAGGAGAAGUACUAUCGUUUCGGCAUCAAGCCAGAGUGGAUGACCGUCCACCGGAUCAUCAACCACAGUGUGGAUAAGAAGGGAAAUUACCACUAUCUAGUGAAAUGGAGGGACUUGCCAUAUGACCAGUCCACGUGGGAGGAAGAUGAAAUGAACAUCCCUGAAUAUGAAGACCAUAAACAAAGCUACUGGAGACACCGAGAACUAAUUAUGGGGGAGGACCCCGCCCAGCCCCGCAAGUAUAAGAAGAAGAAGAAGGAGCUGCAGGGUGAUGGGCCUCCCAGCUCUCCUACUAAUGAUCCUACAGUGAAAUACGAGACUCAGCCACGGUUCAUCACAGCCACUGGAGGCACGCUGCACAUGUAUCAGCUGGAGGGGUUGAACUGGCUACGCUUCUCCUGGGCCCAGGGCACUGACACCAUUCUGGCUGAUGAGAUGGGACUGGGCAAGACCAUACAAACCAUCGUCUUCCUCUACUCACUGUAUAAGGAGGGCCACACAAAGGGUCCCUUCCUGGUGAGCGCCCCGCUCUCCACCAUCAUUAACUGGGAGCGGGAGUUCCAGAUGUGGGCACCCAAGUUCUAUGUGGUGACAUACACGGGUGACAAGGACAGCCGAGCCAUCAUUCGUGAGAAUGAGUUUUCCUUUGAAGACAAUGCCAUCAAAGGUGGCAAGAAAGCUUUUAAGAUGAAGAGGGAGGCGCAGGUCAAGUUCCAUGUUCUCCUGACAUCAUAUGAGCUGAUCACCAUUGAUCAGGCAGCUCUUGGCUCCAUUCGCUGGGCCUGUCUCGUGGUGGAUGAGGCCCAUCGGCUCAAGAACAACCAGUCCAAGUUUUUCAGGGUCCUCAAUGGCUACAAGAUAGAUCAUAAGUUGCUGCUGACAGGGACUCCACUGCAGAAUAACCUGGAGGAGCUCUUCCAUCUGCUGAACUUCCUCACCCCAGAGAGGUUUAACAAUCUGGAAGGCUUCCUGGAGGAGUUUGCCGACAUAUCCAAAGAAGACCAGAUUAAGAAACUUCAUGACUUGCUGGGGCCACAUAUGCUGAGGAGGCUCAAGGCUGAUGUCUUUAAGAAUAUGCCGGCCAAGACAGAGCUCAUCGUCCGCGUGGAGCUGAGCCCCAUGCAGAAGAAAUACUACAAGUAUAUCCUGACCCGAAAUUUUGAGGCCUUGAACUCACGAGGAGGUGGGAACCAAGUGUCAUUGCUUAACAUCAUGAUGGAUCUUAAGAAGUGCUGCAACCAUCCAUAUCUCUUUCCUGUGGCUGCUAUGGAGUCCCCCAAACUUCCCAGUGGGGCGUAUGAGGGUGGGGCACUUAUUAAGGCAUCCGGGAAGCUCAUGCUGUUACAGAAGAUGCUGCGGAAGCUGAAGGAGCAAGGACACAGAGUGCUCAUCUUCUCGCAGAUGACCAAAAUGUUAGACUUGCUAGAGGACUUCUUAGACUACGAAGGCUACAAGUAUGAGCGCAUUGACGGCGGCAUCACUGGUGCCCUGAGGCAGGAGGCCAUCGAUCGCUUCAAUGCUCCUGGGGCCCAACAAUUCUGCUUCCUCCUGUCCACCCGGGCUGGAGGGCUGGGCAUCAAUCUGGCCACUGCCGACACUGUCAUCAUCUUUGAUUCAGACUGGAACCCCCAUAAUGAUAUCCAGGCCUUCAGCCGUGCUCAUCGGAUCGGCCAGGCCAACAAAGUGAUGAUUUACCGGUUUGUGACUCGCGCAUCAGUGGAAGAGCGAAUCACACAGGUGGCCAAGAGAAAGAUGAUGCUGACGCAUCUGGUGGUGCGGCCUGGGCUGGGCUCCAAGGCGGGCUCCAUGUCCAAGCAGGAGCUGGAUGACAUCCUCAAAUUUGGCACCGAGGAGCUAUUUAAGGAUGAAAAUGAGGGGGAGAACAAGGAGGAGGACAGCAGUGUGAUUCACUAUGACAACGAGGCCAUCGCUCGGCUCCUGGACCGGAACCAGGAUGCAACUGAGGACACUGACGUGCAGAACAUGAAUGAGUAUCUCAGCUCCUUCAAGGUGGCCCAGUACGUGGUGAGGGAAGAAGACAAGAUUGAGGAAAUUGAACGAGAGAUCAUCAAGCAGGAGGAGAACGUGGAUCCUGACUACUGGGAGAAGCUGCUGAGACACCACUACGAGCAGCAGCAGGAAGACCUGGCCCGCAACCUCGGCAAAGGCAAGAGGGUCCGCAAGCAGGUUAACUACAACGAUGCUGCUCAGGAGGACCAAGACAACCAGUCAGAAUACUCAGUGGGAUCAGAGGAGGAGGAUGAAGACUUUGAUGAGCGUCCUGAAGGGCGUCGACAGUCCAAGAGGCAGCUCCGGAACGAAAAGGAUAAGCCACUGCCUCCACUGCUGGCUCGAGUUGGGGGCAACAUUGAGGUGUUGGGAUUCAACACCCGUCAGCGGAAGGCCUUCCUCAAUGCUGUGAUGCGCUGGGGCAUGCCACCACAGGACGCCUUCACCACCCAGUGGCUGGUGCGGGACCUCAGGGGCAAGACUGAAAAAGAGUUCAAGGCCUAUGUGUCUUUGUUCAUGCGCCAUCUCUGUGAGCCCGGGGCAGACGGCUCUGAAACCUUUGCUGACGGGGUCCCUCGGGAGGGACUGAGUCGCCAGCAAGUGUUGACCCGCAUUGGAGUCAUGUCUCUCGUCAAGAAGAAGGUUCAGGAGUUUGAGCACAUCAAUGGGCGCUGGUCUAUGCCGGAGCUGAUGCCUGACCCCAGUGCUGACUCCAAGCGUUCCUCCAGAGCCUCCUCUCCUACCAAAACGUCUCCCACCACUCCUGAGGCUUCUGCUGCAAACAGUCCUUGCACCUCAAAACCUGCUACUCCAGCUCCCAGUGAGAAAGGAGAUGGCGUAAGGACACCUCUGGAGAAGGAUGAAGCAGAAAACCAGGAGGAGAAGCCAGAGAAGAAUAGCAAAAUUGGGGAGAAGAUGGAAACAGAGGCUGAUACCCCCAGCCCAGCCCCAUCACUUGGGGAGCGGCUGGAGCCAAGGAAGAUUCCUCUAGAGGAUGAGGUGCCAGGGGUACCUGGAGAGAUGGAGCCUGAACCUGGGUACCGUGGGGACAGAGAGAAGUCAGCCACGGAGUCGACGCCAGGAGAGAGGGGGGAGGAGAAGCCGAUGGAUGGACAGGAGCACAGGGAGAGGCCGGAGGGGGAGACGGGGGAUUUGGGCAAGAGAGCAGAAGAUGUAAAAGGGGACCGGGAGCUUCGACCUGGGCCUCCUCGAGACGAGCCGCGGUCCAACGGGCGACGUGAGGAGAAGGCAGAGAAGCCGCGGUUCAUGUUCAAUAUUGCAGACGGUGGCUUCACAGAGCUCCACACGCUGUGGCAGAAUGAGGAACGGGCAGCUGUUUCCUCGGGGAAACUCAAUGAGAUCUGGCACCGAAGACAUGACUAUUGGCUUCUGGCUGGGAUUGUCCUCCAUGGCUACGCACGGUGGCAGGACAUCCAGAAUGAUGCUCAGUUUGCCAUUAUCAACGAGCCAUUUAAAACUGAAGCCAAUAAGGGGAACUUUCUGGAGAUGAAAAAUAAGUUCCUGGCCCGGAGAUUCAAGCUCCUGGAGCAGGCGCUGGUGAUUGAGGAGCAGCUGCGGCGGGCGGCCUACCUGAACCUAUCACAGGAGCCGGCGCACCCCGCCAUGGCCCUCCACGCCCGCUUCGCCGAGGCCGAGUGCCUGGCCGAGAGCCACCAGCACCUCUCCAAGGAGUCGUUGGCGGGGAACAAGCCGGCCAACGCCGUGCUGCACAAGGUAUGGGAUGUUCUGACAACUCCCCGCCCCCAUGUCUUCCGAUGUCCUCCCUCCCCUAUCUCCCUUUUCUCCAUAUUCCCUUUUCCUUUCUUCUUUCUCUCCAUCUGUGUCCUCUGUGGUGAUCUGGUCUCUCUGCCUCUUUACCUGACACUUUUUCUUGUCCCCGAGUUGCUCUUUUUUUCUACUUCUGUCAUUUCCUUGGUCUCUGAUUCUUCGACAUCUGUGCCCUCCUCUCUCUCCUUCUCUGACUGUAUCUGUCCAUGUGACUCCUCAUCUCUUUUCCUGGCUCCAUCUCUCCCUUUCCCUGUCUUUCUCUUGCCCUUCUUUCUCCGUGGCCCGGGCCCCAGUUCUGAACCAGCUGGAGGAGUUGCUGAGCGACAUGAAGGCGGACGUGACCCGCCUGCCAGCCACGCUGUCCCGAAUACCCCCCAUCGCAGCCCGCCUUCAGAUGUCCGAGCGCAGCAUCCUCAGCCGGCUGGCCAGCAAGGGCACGGAGCCUCACCCCACACCGGCCUUCCCCCCGGGGCCGUACGCUACACCUCCGGGGUACGGGGCGGCCUUCAGCGCCGCACCCGUAGGGGCCCUGGCCGCCGCAGGCGCCAAUUACAGCCAGAUGCCUGCAGGGUCCUUCAUCACAGCCGCCACCAACGGCCCUCCAGUGCUGGUGAAGAAGGAGAAGGAAAUGGUGGGGGCAUUGGUGUCAGACGGGCUGGAUCGGAAGGAGCCCCGAGCCGGGGAGGUGAUCUGUAUAGACGACUGACCGGAUCCCAGGCCUGCCCUUCACCCAGGCCCCGUCCCCGAGGCCGACCCCCAGCUCAGGCUCUGGGGCCUGUUGCCAGUCCUCCGCCUUCCCCACCCCUUGGGCCCCCGCUGGGCUAGGAGCCCCUUUGCCCCUCUCUACAGCUCUCUUCAAGAAGGGCCCUUUGUCCUUCUCCACCCCGUGCACCUUUCCCACCGUGCUUUGAAGACUGUGCUGGUGAGAAGAGGUCUGGGUGGGAGGUGGUCAGCAGGGUCUUCCGAGUACCUGUACCCCCCACUGCCCAGCACACACAGCUUCCCAGUGAGCGGCUGUGGGGGGGGGGGGGAAGAGGUGGAGCCGCCCCAGUUCUUAUUCCUGCAGCGUAAGCUCCAUCUCUUGCAGAAGUGGGGGGUUAGCCUUGCCCGGCCUUUAGGGACUUUGGUGGGGAAAAGAGCUUUCAAGAGAGGAGGGUGACUUUAGAGAGGGGUGGCAGUGAGCCCUGGGAGGGUGGAAGGGAAGAGGAGGGGCGGCUGCAUGUUUCCUUCCCCUACCUCCCCCCAAAUGGAGGGCGGAGCAGUUAACAAGGGAGGGAGUCCAUUGCUGUUCAGCCUCAGAAUAAAGGCGCCGUUCACUGGCUCAGUUACCUCCUGCGUACCGGCAUCUUGUGUUGGGAAUCUUCCCCCCUCCCUAGGGACCAAGGACCACCCCUACAAAGAGAGUAAUAUUUGGGUGAUACUCCCUUAAGCCAAAGAGGAGCUCCCCAAUCUGUCCUAGGGACCCAGGUAACCUAGAAAGGGUGGUGGAGAACACAAUGGGCCAGAUGUGGGGGGAGCCCCCAGUUUUGGGGCUCAGGUUCUUGGAGGACUUCUACCCUCCCUCCUGAAGACCUGGAUAUGAACUAAACUUGAGUGGGUCAGGCAGGGGGUCUAGUCAGGGGACUACCUUGCCUUUGGGACCAGAGCAAAAUAGUGGAGGGCAGGCUGGGGAGACAUGGGCACAUCCUCCUCCCCAGGAGGGGCUGGGGAGAGUGGCAGUUUGCAUGGCGAACCCCCCACUUGCUCUUCGCUCCCCUUCACUUUCUUGCUGCUCCUUUCCCGGUCUCUUCACACCCACUCCUGGUCUGUCCCAGUCCCCUCUUCUGUAUCAGGUUUAUUGGUUGUACAUAUAAAUUAUACUUUCCUUUC